AUGGCACGCACCAAGCAGACAGCACGCAAGUCGACCGGCGGCAAGGCGCCUCGCAAGCAGCUCGCCACCAAGGCGGCGCGCAAGUCGGCCCCCGCCACCGGCGGCGUCAAGAAGCCGCACCGCUACCGCCCGGGCACCGUCGCGCUCCGCGAGAUCCGCCGCUACCAGAAGUCGACGGAGCUCCUGAUCCGCAAGCUGCCCUUCCAGCGCCUGGUGCGCGAGAUCGCGCAGGACUUCAAGACCGACCUGCGCUUCCAGUCGUCGGCCGUCGUCGCGCUCCAGGAGGCGUCCGAGGCCUACCUCGUCGGCCUCUUCGAGGACACCAACCUGUGCGCCAUCCACGCCAAGCGCGUCACCAUCAUGCCCAAGGACAUCCAGCUGGCCCGCCGCAUCCGCGGAGAGCGCGCGCCGGCGCAGGUCGCGCCGCCUGGCCACAGCCUGCAGCACAGCCUGCUCGACGACGGCGCGUGGGAGGAGCGCGUGGUGCGCGACCUCGUCCCGGACCAGCGCGGCCUCAUCGUCGCGGUCGACCACUUCCUGUCGCCCGACGAGUGCUGGGCCCUCGUGACGGCGGCGAGCUCGAUCGGGCUGCAGCCUCCGCGGCCAGACGACCUGCGGCCGAAGAAGGGCGAGGCCUUCCUGUGCCGCGAGACGCUCGCGCUGGUGGACCAGCCGCUCGCCGCGCGGCUGUGGCGCCGGCUCCUCCCGCUCCUGCCUCCCCUCGACGGCCGUUCGCCGGUCGGGCUGCACGGAGACGUGCACGGCGCGGGCGGCGCGUCGCUGCUCAAGUUCUACCGCUACCGCCGCGGCCACUCGUUCGGGCUGCACGUCGACACCAGCCACAAGGGCGGCGGGCCGGGCGAGGAGACCGAGUUCACUCUGCUCGUCUACCUCAACACGCAGGGAGAGGCGGUGGCCGGCGAGGCGGCCGGCGAGGAGGCGCAGCAGCCGCUCGUGGGCGGCGACACGGUCUUCAUGCGGACGGCGAAGGCGGAGCUCUGCCGCGUGAGCCCGCGCGCGGGGGUGGCGCUGCUGCACGCGCACGGCCGCCGCUGCUGCAUGCACGAGGCGGAGGAGGUGAGGCGCGGCGUCAAGUGGGUGCUCCGCGCGGACGUCCUCUACCGCAGGGUGGACGCCGCCGCGCCGCCGCCCGGGGCGCCCCUCGCCGCUGGGGCCGGGGCCGGCGGCGGACGGCGGAGAGGGAAGGCCGGUCGGCCGGUGACGCCGUGUGAGAGCUGAGGGAGAAUAGAGUGUGAGGGAGAGACUCACAUUGUUAGUUACGAAUAGAAUCAUGAGGAACCC